AUGCUCGGCCUUGAUGAGUGGGCGUGCGUUGCUGCGUACUUGGUUCCAGAGCCUGUCCAGCAGCCUCCGCCGCCAACGUGGGCGUCGUCGUCGGCUUCGCGUUCUCGUGCUGGCAUUUGUCAGGAGGACAGCCAGCACCUGCGGUCCGCGCGAAGCAAGGACGACGUACGGGCGCUCUUCAACCUGAUGAUGACAUGCAGGUGGCUGUAUGCUGAGCUGCCGUGGACCUUACCAAAGUGGUGCCUGAGUGAAGCGUACGAAGGCUUUGGACGCGAACACCACGAAGCCACCAUGAGUAUGGUCGUCCACACAACAUGGCUGGAUGAAUUCCAGCUCGACCUGAAGACUGGGGCUGAAGAAGCAGAACCACGCUCCGCAGAGGCAAGGCCAAUGCCACGCUGUCCCAGAGCGGCAGGCAGAGUGGCUGCGGCAGCGGUUCCUCCACGAGCCUUCUCGACUUCGUCAGAGGCAGCAUCCACACCGCUGUCCUGUGCGUUUGCGAAGUUUGGUCGCAUCCACUUUGCCUCUCUGCAAGCUCUCGAAGAAUGGUGUCACGGCAACGCGCCAGCAGAGUCCAGUGAAGAAGGCCAAGCGCAAGCGCAGCAGGCGCCGCAACUGCAGCAACAAGAAGAGCAACAGGAGCAAGAAGGGGAACACCAGCAAGGGACAGCGACCUGCGACAACUUCAACAGCCGUGAUGAACGUGCACUGCAAGUUGAACCCGACAACAACGGCGCGCGCUGUGCUCGCGCAGAGACCCGCGGCACCAGCACAGAUGCAAGCAACACACUCACGGACACUGCGCAAAGCAACACGACACAUGGCGCCGUCGUCAGGCCUGCAGAGUUCAACUUAUGCGUGAGAGUGGCAACGAAGGAGGAAGCUGAACAGUUUGCUGCGUGCGUCGCAGCGUUGGGCGAAGAUGCGCGCGGUGGCACCCUCAACGUUGUCGUGUUACAACCAGUGCCUGCUCUGGUGCUGCAGUGUGCCCAGCGUAUCCACCACAUCUCCGUGUCCAGCCGUGGCGGGACCAUCGACCGCCUAGCUUUCAACGAGGUGCACUACUUGGCCUGGUCCAUGAGCCGGACGCAAGCCACCCUCCCCAUCCAGCGACCCCCGCGCCGUGGCAUCAAGUUGUCUGGCAGCGAGCAGCUGGCGGACAUCAGUGUCCUUGCUGGUGUACCGCACGUCACGCUGUGGAGCCUGCCCAGCGUUGAAGAUUUGUCGCCGUUGCGGGAUGCCACGAGUGUGGCCUUGCAGGCCGUCGGGGUGACUGACCUCGCACCUCUGGCACGAGUGACCAAGCUUGAUGUGCGACAGGCCCAGCAGCUGGUGCUGUCCGAAACAGGGCAGCUCACUUUGCACGCGCACACGUUUGCCAUGGCAGUGGUGUCUGGCAUUAGAGGAGCGCUUCAUCUUCCACAAGCACAAAGCAUUGAGCUCUCAGACUGCUACGGUGUCUCGCAGCUCACGUGCAGGCGUCGCAUCCGGUCGUUGUAUGUGGAGCGGUGCGGCCGCCUGACUCGAUUGCCUGACUUUGAGCGCGCUGGCGUCGUGGAUGUGGACACCAUCGCCGAUGUUGGUGCACUGCGUGAUCUCGCACAUCGCGUUGACAACAUUGUGUUGAGAGGCGUUGCUGGGCAAGAGCACAUGUCUGCACUCCCAGACAUCAUCCCCGCACACGUUGGCCUCUCUGUUCCGGGGUGUAAGGUCGACGAUUUAGUGCGAACGGGCGUUGCGGGUCGCUUGACCAGCGUGCAUGCGCACGUGCGCGGCAGCUGUGAUGCUGGGCACUUCUCCCACGCGCGUGACAUCAAGUUCAAUUUAGCUGGGGUUGUUUCCAACGUCGUGGGGUUGGACCGGUUGCCACCGCUCAAGCGUCUCUCAUGCCAUUCCAUUAACUUGAACGGCGACCUGUCGUGCUGUGAGGAUGUGGCAUUGUUUCUAUGCAAAGGCGAAGUGAACGUGUCACAGGCACAAGUAGUGCUGGUGUCUGUUGAGGCUCCAACGCUUCGCCUCUCAAGCGUACAGAACGUCCUGUUGCGAGCGGUUCAAAUGUGCCCAUUAUUCACCUCCAUUCACUUUGACAAUGUGCACACGUGCGUGGUGCAUCGUUCACACAUCUCCGAUUUCUCUGCCUUCCACGGAGUGCACCGACUUGUCCUGAAGGCGUGCGUAUUUGACAGCGUGGACACGCUCCCGCUCGUGCCCGUGCUGUGCAUGCGAGACUGUGCCAGAAGCGACGGCCGCAAGUGGCCCGACAGGACGCUCUGCUACCGAACACGCACGGAGCUUGCAACGCUUGGGGAAAAGCUUCCAGCCAGACAAUUCACGGUCUGCCUUGAGUGA